CAAAGAAGAGCCCCUCGCGACGGCUGUAAAUACCAGCCAUUGACCUCCAAACUAGAUACCCCAUUCUUAUUCCGCGUCGCGAUCGCCAUAUCCACUCACCAUCAAACGAAUAACACACAAUCCAAUGCCCGCUCGAACCAACCGUGCAGACUUCGAGUCUGUCUUCCCCUCACUCGUCAAGGACCUAAGUGACCAUGCCGUUCAGUACGGUCUUCCGUCUGUAGCACGGGAAUGGUUUGAAAAAUCUAUCAAUGCGAAUACCCCUGGCGGAAAACUGAACCGGGGUCUCUCUGUUCCAGAUACUGGUCUCGCUUUGCUCGAAAAACCCCUGAAUGAUGAACAAUUCAAAGACCUCUGCACCCUUGGGUGGAUGACCGAGUUUCUUCAAGCUUUUUUCCUCGUUUCCGACGACAUAAUGGACAGCUCCGUCACCCGACGUGGCGAGCCAUGCUGGUACCGCCGCCCCAACGUCGGCAUGAUCGCGAUCAACGACGCCUUUAUGCUCGAAUCUGUCAUAUACGUUCUUCUCAAGAAACACUUCCGCUCACACCCCGCAUAUGUUGACUUCCUGGAACUAUUCCACGAAGUCACUUUCCAAACCGAGUUGGGCCAGCUCUGCGACCUGCUCACUGCGCCUGAAGACAAUGUGGACCUCGACAACUUCAGCAUGGACAAAUUCAACUUCAUCGUCAUCUACAAAACCGCCUACUACAGCUUCUAUCUUCCAGUUGCCCUUGCACUGCAUUAUCUUCAGCUCGCGACACCGUCCAAUUUGCGCCAGGCACACGAUAUCCUUAUCCCACUUGGCCAAUAUUUCCAGGCCCAAGAUGAUUAUCUGGAUGUGUUCGGCAAACCAGAGCAGAUCGGCAAAAUUGGCACUGAUAUCCAGGAUAACAAGUGCUCCUGGGUGAUCAACCAGGCUCUGAAGCGGUGCUCUGCUGAGCAGCGCAGGGUUCUCGACGAGUCGUACGGUCGAAAAGACGCAACCAUGGAGGCCAAGGUUAAAGCUGUUUUCAACGAGCUUAACUUGGAAAAAGUCUACCGUGACUUUGAGGAAGAGCAGGUUGACAAGAUCAGGACCAUGAUCGCCAGGCUUGACGAAUCUGAAGGCCUGAAGAAGGCAGUGUUCGAAUCUUUCCUCGCCAAAAUCUAUAAGCGUGAUAAAUAGAUUCUUUUUCCUUCUACUUAAAUAUAAAUCCCUUUUAUGUUUGCCUUUUUGUUAACCGUUCACAGCCUCCAUUUGACUUCCUAUUAUUGUGCUGGCAUUGUUCAUACCUCAAGCAAGUAGAAAAGAAAAAGAAAAACUCUCAGAACAGAAUCCAAGGUUUCACAUCGGCCUUGCUGUCCUUUCUUGACCUCUGUUGUUCCGAGGUCAGAUUUCUCUCCCUCUCAUCGGCUUGCUUUGUGACUUCUGCAAAACGCUAGAUAAAAAUUUGCAACAAUUCCUCUGCUAUAGGCCUUUGCCUUUUGUCCAUAGGGGGAAGAAGUUAAUCUUAAGCACGAUUACCACUCU